CAUGCAUUCUGGGAACUUUUAGGUAAAUGCUUUAUGCAAAUAUAUGAUUUAGCCUAUGAUAAAACCUAAACUAUAUAACUUUGGAGUGUGACUCUGUCUACUACAUUACUAUGUAAAGGGCAGGAUGAGGACUGAUCACAUAAGACUGUAUGUGUGGAGCAGCUCACUAUGUGCUCUCUUCACCCCUCCCCUCUCUCUCUCUCUUUUUUUCCAUAUCCUCAAGCAGGGAGGAUGCUUCUAAAGCUGCUGCUCUGAGAGAGUCUUUUUCAGGACAUUCUCAUAAUUCUUGUGUAUUCCAUUAGUUGUAACCAAUAAGUGUCCAUGUCAGGAGACUGCUUUUGAGCUGGAUUCCUCUGUCUUUUGCACUUGGGUUAAGCUCCUUCAAAGCAGCCUAUUACAUUCAGCUAUGCCCUUCAGCUCCAGAGGAAGACUAUUUAAAAGCAUGGAAGUGGACUAGCACAGAGACUUAGGGAGUUAAAUGCUCAUUACACACUGUGAGAGAACAGGUGUCUGUUGUCCCAAAGGAUGAAAAUCUUGAGACGCUUCCGGAGGCAAAGCAGCUGGAGAAUAAUGGCUAUGGUGAGAUCCUCACUCCAGAAAGUGAUGCUUCUUCUGCACAGAGUCCAAACUGUGACUUUCACAUCACCAAGAUAUCAGAAACUGUGCAAGGAUACUCAGACAGAGAUUGUCAACAACUGUGGUUUCUCCAGAAAGAGGACCAGGGACCAGUCACAGGGUUUCACAGGAAUCAGCUCUGAUGAAAAUAAUCACACAUAUGAAAAUUUUGUCUUUUCUAACAGGGACUGUGUGGAACUUCACAGUGAGAGUGGAGCAGGCUUAAUGACUCUACUGGAGGAUCUCUGGUUCUGGGCAAAGCUGAAAGAUGAAGAACUUACCAGUCAUAGCACUACUGGAGAUGAUACUAAUAAUCUACUGGAGCAACAAGAUUACUGUAUGGCUCUGCAGAGGCAGCUCAGCAAUCGAAGGCAGGAUUUUGAAAGCCCACCGAAGCAGCUGUGUCUGUUGCCUCUUCAGAAUACGGAUAAUCUGAGUGAAAGCAACGUGAAAGAAGAAGCAGAGCCUGCUCUGAAGGAGGAGAUGUGGCUGGCUCAAGCUGUGCUGGAUGAGGCCAGGGAUGUCCAGCAUCACUGGGAUCAGUUCUAUUUUAACACAGCCAGCUGGCAGCAGCAGGUCAGCUGGGUACUGAGAAAACUGCAGGACCUCCAGGAUGCCAUGCAUCAGCUUGACUUGGGCUUGGCAGAGAUGGAGAAUAAGUGGGAGGGAUGUUGCUCAGAUGGACAUACACUGGACAGAUAUAUGCUGGACGAUGUUGAGGAGAGUGCACCAGUGAUGAAUCAGCACAGAAACUUCGUAGUUGCUCAAAUUGAUAACAGACUGUUGUCUCAAGACUUCUUAUCUGUCUCUGUUCACUACCCAUGGCAGAGGGCAGUGUUUCAGAACAGUGUUCCUUAUUACAUCAAUCAUGAAAAACAGACCACAUCAUGGGAUCAUCCAAUGAUGACUCAACUAUUACAGUCAAUGACUGAGCUCCGGCAUGUGCGAUUUUCAGCGUACCGCACAGCUCUGAAGAGCCGCAGAGUCCAGAAAGCCUUGUGUUUGGACCGUUUGGAGUUGGCCAUGGCUCACGGUGUCUUUGAACAACAUCAGCUGACUCAUAAUGAGCACGUUUUGGAGGUUCCAGCCAUCAUUACCUGUCUACUGACAAUAUACACUGAAAUUCAGCAGGUGUGUCCAGAGCUCAUCAAUAUUCCGCUGUGUGUGGACCUGUGUCUUAACUGGCUUCUGAACGUUUAUGACAGGGAUCGAAGUGGGAAAAUUCAAAUACUGUCCAUGAAAGUUGGGCUUCUUUCUCUUUCAAAAGGACACCUUGGAGAAAAGUAUAAAUAUCUGUUUACUCAGGUGGCCAGCUCUGCAGGAGUGUGUAACCCAAAACAGCUGGCACUGCUGCUACACACCACUAUCCAGAUCCCCUACCAGCUGGGUGAAGCCGCUGCCUUCGGAGGAAGUAAUGUGGAGCCAAGCGUUCACAGUUGCUUUCAGCAUGUGGGUGAUAAGGACACAGUUGAGCUGGAGCAGUUUGUGGAGUGGAUGCAUCUGGAGCCUCAGUCCAUGGUGUGGUUGCCGGUGCUGCACAGACUGGCUGCAGCCGAGACCGCCAUGCACAAGGCCAAGUGUAACAUCUGUAAAGAGUGCCCCAUGGUGGGAUUCAGGUAUCGCAGUCUGAAGCAUUUCAACUAUGAUGUGUGUCAAAGGUGUUUUUUCACUGGAAGAACUACUAGAAGUCACAAAUUAACCUAUCCUAUGGUGGAAUACUGCACUCCUACCACCUCUGGGGAAGAUGUGCGUGAUUUCACCAAAGUGCUGAAAAACAAGUUUCGCUCUAAGAAGUACUUCAGUAAACACCCACGCCUUGGAUACCUGCCAGUCCAGACCAUUGAUCUAGACAUGAAUGAAGAAUACACACACAGCCAAAUGUCCAUGCAGUCCCCUCAGAGGACAUGUUGUGUGCAGCGUGUGCAGGACAGCAGACAUGUGAGAUCAGGCACACACCAGACAGAUGACCUUUCAGGAAGAAGUGAAAAGCAAGUACCCUGUCACUGCAUUUGUCUGACUACACAAUAGUGUUGUAAAUACUAUUUACAGCAUUAGGAUAGAUCUGGCCACAGAUUUGUCCUCCUGUGUGGUUAUGAAGCAAAGAUACACAUCAGAUCCUUCUGAAGUCAGAUAGAACUACAUCGUUUCUUUUUCUAUUUUAGAUUCUGUGACAUUGUUUUGUGUUAAGCCUGCCUCUUUAUGAACAUGAAGUAAUGAGAGUCAUUAUGAUGUUACACAUCUCAUCAAAUGUAUAUAAUAUUCCAAAACGUUUUUUUCUUUCAGUAAUGCAUUUUGUAUUUGUUUAUUUCAUUUGUUGUAGUAACGCAGAUUUCAGUGUUAGUGACUAAGACGUUACGCUGACUGUGAGCCACAAUAAAAACAGUGUGUCUUUUAAACCCUAUUCUACAGCUUAGCGAGAAUUUGGAUCAUUCAACAAUUGCAUAUUCACCGUUAUCAUCACAUCGUCAAUACAGCAUCAGAGAUAAAAGGAUUUUAAAUAGAUAUAAUGGAAAAUUAAAUAGAAAAAAAGGCUUCAAGAGGAAAGAUCACGGUACUCAAACCUCAAAUAUUGCAAGAUGUUUCGUUUUGUUUGCUUUUAAGAUUCCGCUUACUAAAGAGCAUGUUUGUGUUGGAUACAACAACAGAACACAAUCAAUCUUUUCAGAUUCAUCUGCAUAUUGGACUUGUUUAUGAAUGCCAUGCAGUUCAAAAGUUACCACUGCAUACAAUUAUGCUGCUUUUUGAUUAAAGGGAGAAGUUCUUAUUUUAAUUUCACCAUAAUUACAUUUUGUCACUGAACUCAUUUAACAUUAAUGAGACAUAUUCUUCUGUGAUUUGUUUGUGAGUCUAUUUAUAAUUAUACCCGCUAGAGUGAUUGCUUAAUUUUGUUUCCCCUCCGCCUGCUGACACUCUGUCAUUAUACUUUAAAAUAAAAGAUCAUUCAUUUUUCUAUCAGUUAUUAUAGCGAGUAAGCCUGUCUCGGUCCUCUACAGCCACCAUCUCUGACAUCAAGUGGAAAAAUGUAAAAUGAAAAAGAUUUGAUUAUCUAAACUCAACCUUUCUGUGCCUGAAUGUGCUGCGUCAACCGGAAAUUUUAUUGACACGCAUUUUAUUUAUACCAUUAAUUAUAAAAUUAUAUUAAUUCUAUAAAAUGUAUAUACAAUAUUACAUUUAGAGAAAAUCAUAUUCGUACAUUUCUCCUGUUAUCACUUGGCUGAGGAUAGCUGUCAAAAAGGCAGUGCCACAGUCCACAUUUAUUAACUCACUCACUCAGCAUAAUCAUGUGGAGGACAUGUUAUUUGAUUAUACUGACCAAGAAAGCCGGUGGCUUUUCAGUGUGUCAUGAAGGGAAAAAAAAUGACUUAUCAUAAGCAGUGGAAUGACUCAUCACUAUCCAUGUGCUUGUUUAAAAGAAAUCCAAUUGGAAAUUAUAUAUUCUGUGUCUGAAAGCCAAGCAAGCCCUCAGGCACUUGAUGCUCCACAAACAAAUGUUCCAGAGUCACCUGAGCAGAUGAAAUUGCCAGGGCUCAAAUCACGUAUUUGAUCAGUUUGACCACCGGAUUAAUCAGUCUAUUGAUGACUCACACACUAAAUAUUGUAUUUUGCCCCAGCACUGUCAAAUAUAUUUAAGUUUUGAAGCUAUAUCCAUCAGCAUGCCCUUUUCAGACAGCAGCUGGCUUAUUACAGCUGGGUAAUGUCAUUCAGAGUAAGAGACCCUGACCUUUUCUCUAUUUAUUCUUAAAAUCAAAUCCCAUUUCUGAAGAACUUACAGUCGAGCAUUUGUAUUCAGAAAUGGAGAGCCCCAUGCUCAAAGUUCAUGCCUUAUCAAUUAAGACAUGAUUUAAUUAUGUAACCUGUUAUUAAUAUAAGCACACUGGCUCGCUGCUCUUUCACAAUCUGCCCAAUACAGCUUUGUGUUUAUGAAGCAAACCCUUUCUGUUUAUUGUAGAGGUCAAACAGCAGAUUGAAAGGCCACAGCCCUGCAUACGGUGCUGAUUUCUCAACGUCGUCACUGCUGAUUUAACUCCUGAAGGCCUUGUUAACUACAUCACAUAACUACAUAACACUACUGCCACCUAGUGGUGAGAAAUAAACACUGCGUCUAUAUUUCCCUUAUAAAGAAACUUAACUUCAUAAUUUCAUUAACACCUUUUAUGUUGAGGAAAUAAACCUCCUUCAAUUAGUCAAUUUUUUUGCACAUUGCCAAUCAAAAGUUUUCACACUCUAUAUUAACAAUUUCCAUUAGACUUUAAAUACUGGGCUUGUUUUAAAAGGCUCUAAAAUAAUAGGUAUUAAGUGAAUUGAGGAAUGUUUUAUACUUUUUUUUUUUUUUAAAUUUAAUGUAGGCCUAAGGCUUUAUAGCUCUAAGCACUGUAGCUCACAACAUAAGAAAUAUUUUUUUUUUAAAAAUUAAAUAAAUAUUAAAACAGUUUUUCAUUUUAAAUCAACGUGCAAUCAACACCAACAGGCUUUAUAUUCAUUUUAUUAUGUAUUU